AUGUGCAGAGAACCCUUGGAGCCAGGUGCAACUGAAGACAGUGUGCAAAUGGCGAGCCGAACAUUACGCGUGUGUCGCGGACGAGGGACAGAGUUCCCGAAUUGGAAGGAUCCGUGGGAAUACUGGAGCAUCGGCUCUGUUGUCGUGGUCGAAGGAUCUGGCGAGAUGGUAGCAUUGGCUCUCUUGUCACGAGCAUAG